AGGUUACCGCUAAGUGCGAGCGAGAUGGUGCAUCAAGGUGCAAACAUAUUCCGGAAACGUCUGGCGUCAGUUGAAGAGAAACUCUUGUAGGAGGUUGACGUUUCAUGUUUUAUUUGAUUUAAAAGUGUAUCGAAUUAAGUGCAUACAAGUGGUAAUUUAAAGUGUUGUAAAUGAAAUUGGUACAAAAGUGUGUGCAUUAAGGAAUAUGCAAUUUUAUUAAGUGAAGUGCGCUUUUCGGAUUGUUUGUGACGGCGACUGUUAUUGGAUGUAUUGGAGUGAUGGUGUGAAGGCGCAUGGGCGGGGGCGGGGGGUGCGCGGUGCUAGAAGCGGCGGCGCGCGGAGACGCGGCGCGGCUAGCCAGCCUUCUGCGCGCGGUGCCGCAGCAACGAGACGCCACAGACGAGAAUGGUUGCAGCGGCGUGCAGCGCGCGGCGGCGGACGGACACGUGGAUGCGGUGCGACUGCUACUCGAGCACGGCGCAGACCCCAACAAGCAGGACCUUGUGCACGGCAACACUGCAGCGCACGAGGCGGCGUGGAAGGGGUAUUCGCGAUGCGCGGCACUUCUCGCGCGGGGCGGAGCGGAGUUGCGCGCGCGCAACGCAGCCGGCUUCGCUCCGCUGCACCUUGCCUGCCAGAACGGACAUAACCAGACAUGCCGGGAGCUGCUACUCGCUGGUGCACAGCCCGACUUACAGAACAAUUAUGGUGAUACGUCCCUGCACACAGCUGCGAGGUACGGCCACGCCGGUGUCACUCGUAUCCUCAUCUCGGCGCAGUGCAAAGUCUCCGAGCAAAACAAAAAUGGCGACACGGCUCUGCAUAUCGCAGCGGCGAUGGGCAGACGCAAGUUAACCAGAAUAUUACUAGAAGCGGGCUGCGAUAAAUCUUUAAGAAACCAUCAAGGGGAAACCGCACGAGAUAUCGCUACUAGAAAAGGUUUAGAAGAGAUCAUCAACAUUCUGAACACGCCAGUAGCGAAGCAACAAAAGAAAAAAGAUAAGCACAGAGACAAAAGCAAAGAGAGGACGAUUGAUGAACCGGAUGAUGGCAAAAAGAAAGAUAAAGGCAAAGAUAAAAAGAAAAAGAACGUAACCUUCGAAACGACACCACCGCCCGUACAAUGGUCGCCUUACGGCUGCCAUUACUAUCCCGAUCCGAAGUAUUUCCCCAAACCCAAACUGAGCUCGCUACCCACCGAACCUUUAAAAAAAGGCGAGCAGUACUUUUUGGAUUUGGCGGGAAACAUAAAAAAAGGUCCGAUAGGAGCUGGUUACACUUGUUACUGUGCCCCCUUCUUUAAGCACAUGGAAGAAAAAUUGAACGAAGACAAGAAAGAUUUAAAACGACACAUUGACAAAGCUCACGAAAAAUUGGACCAAAAAGUAACAGAUUUGGAAAUGAAAACUCAAGGGCAGAUUUCCGAAUUAACGAAAUUCGUAGCCGCGGAGAGAGCGCUGUGUAAAGAAAGACAUAAACAUUUGGAGCAGUGGAUCACAAGAGGAAUGAUGUUCAGAGCUUCUGAAAGAACAAGGAAACUUGACUUUAGUCCGAAAGGGUCCAUAGAUAUACCACCUAUUAAAAGAACGAGAAGUCUAGAAUUAUUAGACGUAAACUCAGGAGACUGGAACAAAGUUGAUAGAAUUAUAAAGAGCUUCAAUGAAAAUACUGAACAAUUCGAAAAUACCAAAGAGUUAAACGAGAGUAAGGUGACAUCUAAGAGCACAGAAGGCUUAGACAGUAGAUCCCCAACGAGUCCAAGAAGGAGGCAUCUUCUUAAGUGUUCUCGAAGUAGCGACCAACUAGACGCCGGGCCGAGUAACUAUAGACCUAAUCACAUAUGUGAUGAAGAAAAUCGUUUGCAAAAUGUUACAGCAGAGGUACAUAUUAAAGCAAAUCAAAAUGUUACCUCGGAAUCACCAGUUUCUAUUGAAAUUCAAGGUAUUACAGAAAGAUACGCUUUACCAAGUGAACCGUCUAUUCCUAAAUCACCAGGCAGCAGUAAUCGACAAUCAGAUUUUAAGGCGAGCGAUUCCGAAGGUGACGUAAGGCAUAGAAGCAAUCACCAGGAAAUCACGCAAACGCCACCUCAAUGGAAAAGUCAAGUGCUCCAGAGAACUGCUGAGGAUAUCAGAAAACGAGUAAUGUUAGAGAAAGAGAUGUCAAAUGUAUUGACAAGAAAUUCAAAAUCUCUUGACAUAUCACAUGAUGGCUAUGUAAAGCUACACAAACAAGUCAGUUAUCCACCUAGAGACGAUAACUGCAUAGAGAGGGAGCAGAGAAAAUCCGUUCAAGAACUAGUGGCUCAAGUAGAACAUCAACAGAGGUGUACCUCACCUGAAAGAAUGCCUCUAACGAAGAAAACACCCACCGACUUUCAUGAAGUUCCUAUUGUUCAGCCUAAAACACAUCCUGGCAUCCUUAAAAUGCCACAGCAACCGCAGAGGCCGGCUCCCGUUUUAAAAGAAAAACCUCCAAAAAGCAAAAGAUUUAGUUUACACAACCUAAUACCAUUCCCGACAAGAAAAACAUUUCAAACACCACCCAAAGAAAACGGCAACAAUUCUGAAAGUAGCGACGAAGAAGAUACUCCAAUAAGAACUUCCAAUCAACCGGGACCCAUGAGAAAUUCCAAUUUACUUCAAACCCUUCCGAUGCCAAAUUAUGAAACAAUGUCCAGUAAAUCCCAUUCACCUGCGCCGCAACAAGCCCAGCCGCAAAGCAAGCCUUACCACGGGGAAGACAUUCGACCCAUGAUUCCUAAAGACGCAUAUUUCCAUGAGCUUCCUAACAGACAAAUCAAUCACCAAAUGCCUUACAGAGAAAUAGACAAUCACCCGGUGACUCAGUACCCUUGUCAGUCUCAAUACGAUUACAACGAACCGGGACUUCCCCAGACGCAAAUAGAAGGACGCAACAGAAAUCCCCUGUACCACCAUCAGACGGGAGUUUUCGACGCAAUGAUGCAAGAUCAUAUAAUGAGAGAAAUGGACCGGAUACCGCAUCGGUACGGCGAUCAUUUAGACCAAAAUACGGAGAUCGAAAUCGCCAAUCAAGCGGAACAUUUCGGCGGUUACUACGGUAACCGUCCACCGGUAUAUCCAAACUUUAGGGGCAAUCCACACGGCGCGAGAAAACCAACUCCAGACCACAAUCUCCUUCACAGCCGCUUGCAAUCCUUGGCGAUUAACACACAUUUAACUGAAACCCAGAGUCAAACGGACAGAGAGUCUCACAAUGACUCUGGGUACAGCACAAAAGUGUAUGGAAGUUCUCAAGGACCAUCGCCGAGCCUGUCCGGCCACGUGGAAGGAUCUGAUAAUCUCUCCGGACAAAGAGUAAAUAUACUACCCUCAGGGAAGGGUAUUGGACACAUUGGCACUUCUAGUUUGGUUUAACGUUAAUACUCAUUUUCUAUUUGUUAACUUCAAAUCUAAGUCAAACUUUACAUGACGUAGUUUAAUUACUUUUUAAUUUUCUAUUAAUAAGUACAAAAUAUUAAAAUCAAGCACUUAAAAGGUCAUAAAAAAUAAAAGUACAAAUGAAAUUUAAAUUUAUUGUUGCCAUGUAUCAAGAAUUAAUAGAUUAAAAAUUAAUAUAUAAUAAUGUAAGGGUUGCCUUAUUGAUUGUAAAAAUGUAAAAAGUGCUAAAUAAGAUAAUCCUGAAUUAAGGGGAGAGAAUUAUUGUUUUGUGUAUUUACUUUUGUAUUUAUUGUGUUUAUUUUAUAAAGGUUUGUAUAUUAAUUAAAUAAAUGCACUUUUGAAGUGUCAUCGAGCAC